UCCAGCCCCGGCGCUUCGCAGUUUCCUCUCCUUGUUUUGCUUUCGAUCUGGACUGUUCUCAGGCGAGCCGGGGAGUAACUUUUAGUUUUGCUCCUGCGAUUAUUCAACUGACGGGCUUUCGUUUCCAUUGCACACGCCCUAGCAACACUUAGACCUUGCGGAAUUGUAUUGGUAGCGUGAAAAAAGCACACUGAGAGGGCACCAUGCCAGUGGAAAGGAUGCGCAUGCGCCCAUGGCUGGAGGAACAGAUCAACUCAAAUACGAUACCAGGGCUAAAGUGGCUUAACAAGGAGAAGAAGAUUUUUCAGAUCCCCUGGAUGCAUGCAGCUCGACACGGGUGGGAUGUGGAGAAAGAUGCCCCGCUCUUUAGAAACUGGGCGAUCCACACAGGAAAGCAUCAGCCCGGAGUAGAUAAACCUGACCCCAAAACAUGGAAGGCGAAUUUUCGAUGUGCCAUGAACUCCUUGCCGGAUAUUGAAGAGGUCAAGGAUAAAAGCAUAAAGAAAGGAAACAAUGCCUUCAGAGUCUACCGGAUGUUGCCCUUAUCCGAACGACCAUCUAAGAAAGGAAAGAAACCAAAGACAGAAAAAGAAGACAGAGUUAAGCACAUCAAGCAAGAACCAAUUGAGUCAUCUUUGGGGCUUAGUAAUGGAGUAAGUGAUCUUUCUUCUGAGUAUGCGGUCCUGACUUCAGCUAUAAAAAAUGAAGUGGAUAGUACGGUGAACAUCAUAGUUGUAGGACAGUCGCAUCUGGAAAGCAGCAUUGAGGACCAGGAGAUUGUCACCAACCCGCCAGACAUCUGCCAAGUCGUCGAGGUGACCACUGAGAGUGACGAGCAGCCGGUCAGCCUGAGUGAGCUGUACCCGCUGCAGAUUUCCCCUGUGUCUUCCUACGCAGAAAGUGAAACCACCGAUAGUGUACCCAGUGAUGAAGAGAGCACUGAGGGCCGGCCCCACUGGCGGAAGAGGAACAUCGAAGGCAAACAGUACCUCAGCAACAUGGGCACGCGCGGCACCUACCUGCUCCCCAGCAUGGCCACCUUCGUGACUUCCAACAAGCCCGACCUCCAGGUCACCAUCAAAGAGGAGAGCUGUCCCGUGCCUUACAACAGCUCCUGGCCCCCGUUCCCAGACCUGCCCCUCCCUCCCUCCCUCCCCCCCGCGGCGGCCAGCGGCACGCGGCCAGACCGGGAGACCCGGGCCAGUGUCAUCAAGAAAACGUCAGAUAUCACCCAGGCCCGCGUCAAGAGCUGCUAAGCCUCUGGCUUGCCCUGGUGGUUGUUGGCAUUUCUUGGCUGUGUUUUGUUGUUUCGUUUGUUUGUUUUUUCUUUCUGACACCUAUUCUAGACAAAUCUAAGGGGGGAAAAAAAAAAGCCUUGACAAUAGAACAUUGAUUGCUGUGUCCCAACUCCAGGACUGGAGCUGCUUCUUUAACUCAGGACUCCAGCCCAUUGGUAGACGCGUAUCUCUAGAGCCUGCUGGAUCUCCCAGGGCUGCUCCCUCAAGUUCAAGGACGUCACUAGGACCAACAGCCACCGGGGCAGAGGAGGUGCUGCAUUGCCUGCGGUCAAGGCCAGCAUGGCGGCGUGGAUGCCUCAGAAUGGAAGAGAAAAUGUGAACUAGCUGGAAUUUUUUAUUCUUGUGAAUAUGUACAUAGAGCAGGACUAGCCAUGUUGCGGUCUGCUUCUGCACCUUAUCUUAAAGCACUUACAGAUAGACCUUCUCAUGAUCUUGCUCUGUUUCACUGCACAUUCAGCGCCCCUGGCCCCACCUCUCCCCUUCCCAUCCCACCCAGUUCCUGUCCUCCUUCUCCCCUCCCCAGAGGCUGUGUUCCCCAGCCUGAGGAGGUGCAGCGAAUGAACUUCUCCACAGAUGUCCCAUUUUAAGACUGCUUUAAAAGAAAGAAAGAAAUCUUUUUCUAAUCUGCUAUGCUUGAAUGCCACGCGGUACAAAGGAGAACCCUCAUGGAGAUAUUAUGCAAAUUCCCAGAUUUGAAAAUGAAACAAACCAACAACAAAAAAAAAGAUAACUCUUAAUUCUAACGAGAGCAAGCUUUUUUAUUUUUUAUACAGGGGAAUAUUUUAUUCAAGGUAAAAAUUCUAAAGAAAAAAUAUAAUUGUUUUUUAUCUUUUCUACAGCAAAUUUAUAAUUUUAAGAUUCUUUUCUUGUUUAUCAGCAGUUGUUAUUACAUCCUUGUGGCACAUUUUUUUUUAAUUUUGUAAUGGUGAAAAAGCUUUUAUGAGCUCAUGUAGCAAUCAAAUUAUCCUGUGGAUUGAUAAUAAAUGAAUAUGAUAUAUAGUUAAAUUUUUAA